CGCCCGCGCCCCUCCCGCGGCCCGGCCGGGACCCGCAGGGCCCCGAGACCCUGCCCCCAGAGGUCCUCUCGCCCGACAGGGACCCUCAGGGCUCUGGAAGGAGCCCGUCACAGCCCUCAGGCGCCCUGUCCUUCGGGCCCCCACUUCAGCCCCCAGGCCCUGUGGGGAGAUGCCGGGAGCCACUUAGGGGCCCACUGGAGAGGCUGCCUUCCCGACGCAGCCCACAGCCCCCCUUCUCCUCAGAAGCACGUUCUCCGUGGUGGAGCCUUGUCUCAGAGGCGGCCUCUCCAAAGCCUCUCCAACCCCGCGAGGGAUGGCCCUCUAGUCCCCUCAGGGGCUCCCCUCCCCAAGGAGACACUGUCCCGAGGCGACUGCCCAGCGCCUGACCCCUCCUCCCGCCCCGUGCCUCCCUUAGACCCGUCGCUGCUGCAGACUCUGCCAGAAUCCCAGACCGGAUCCCCCGUCUUUCUUUUUACCUGCUUCCUUGGGCACCCUUUUCGCCUGGUCACCAACCCCCCCGCCCUGGGUCAUCCUGGGCUGACAGCUGCCCCCCUGCUUCUGGGGAGACAGAGGACUUUGGGGGCUGGGAGGGGCGGCAGGUGGGCUGAUGGCUGCACCAGCCCGGCGCAGAGCCACCCCUCCUCCCACCCCGUCUCCGAAAGCCCCUCUCAGGCCUUCCUAGGCUUCUGCCUGGCCCUGGGCUGCCCUCCUAACUCAGGCUUCUUUUGAUCCUGAACGUGGCAGCUGACUUACCAGUUUUUUUCCUGGUCGGGCCUCCCCGUUUUAUUGCGUCUCUGCGGUUUGUAUUAGCACCUUUCAAACCGGGUGUCAUAGUCAUUGACCCAGGUCUUAGCCACUCCCUCCCCAGGAAUCUAGCCCUUUUCUCCUGUGGUUGGUUUAGAGCUGAAGAGACUGAGGGCGGCUCAUCAGCGUUUUCAAGUUGGAAUUUUCUGUAGACCUUGUCUUUUUCUAAUAAGCCUAGCCUUGUGGGUUUAGGUAUUAAUACAAAUAAACGCCCGUUACCUUUUGUGGCUUGCAGUGCACAGCUCCGUGACAUAGGGGUGUUUUAUGGGCUGAGAUGGUGAAGCAGUCUGAGAGUGCGGCAGAGAGACACGGAGUUGGUCUUUUAUGGUUUAUUUAUCUUUUUAUAGUUCAUAAAGCUGCUUCACACAGUCAGUUCACUCAAUCCUCCAGGCUGCUUUAGCCCCUGAUGAGGAGAUGCUCAUGACCAGUAAGUGGAGCGGGGCCCAGUAGCCUUCUAAGUCCUGACUGGUGUUGAGAGGGUCACAGACCCUUGGAAAAGAAAAGGACAGGGCAUCACGGUCAUCCACCACCUUUCUGGGCCCAGACUCCCAGGCUCUCCCUUCCUAACCAUGAGAACGUGUCUGUGCUUUGCUUUCCUCUCCUGGUGUGGGCGCAGCGCUGUUGACGUCACCAUUAACCUGCCCAGCUUCUUGUCACCUCUUUGUAGUUUCUCUGUUUCAGGCCUCAUGAGACUCAGCAGUUGCUUCUUACUGCUGGGGGGGACUGGUUUAUCCUGCAGUGACCUUUCACCUUCCUUCUAAUCUGCUGUGUCUAAUCAAUAGGGUGUUAGAAAAACAGACAACUCAGCUUGUGCCGAAAACAUGAGUGCUGUGUUAAAGUACACACAGAGUUUGUGAGGGUUGUAGUAUCUAUCUGAGUGUUACCACUCCAGCUCCUUUUGCUCCUUUGUAGAUUGUUAGCUGAGUCCCCGAUGAGCACCCUGUUUCUGCUGACAGACUGUGCGGGCACCGUUAAGAAAGCGCUAGAGGCCGGGGUAGAGGAGGCCCAUCUCAUCUUGUCGCAACUGGGAGGCUUUUGGAGUGAGAGGGGUGCUGGGACAACCCACAUAAGCCAGGACCGCCCCAGGAAAGCCGCGUGCGUGGUCAUCCUGUCCCAGCUCUGCCAUUUCCACUCGGCCCUGCUGCAGGGCAGGCUGAAGCCCUGGCCAUCCCCCACUGCCUUCUUCAGGAGAAACCUCGGGGCACCGCCUGCAAGGUGGCCCUCGAGACCGCGGCCCCUGUGGAAGAAGGCACUCUCCGCCGCGGUGCUGGGGGCGCCCCUGCUCCUCGGGGCGAGGUACUUCAUGGCUGAGCCACAGGAGAGGAGGCGGAUGCGGCUCGUGGCGGACGGCAUCGGGCGCUUCAGCAGGUCUUUGAGGGUCGGCCUGCAGAUCUCCCUGGACUACUGGUGGUGCACAAAUGUCGUCCUGCGAGGGGUGGAGGAGAACAGCCCGGGGUACUUGGAGGUGAUGUCUGCAUGUCACCAGCGGGCGGCCGACGCCCUGGUGGCUGGGGCCAUCAGCAACGGGGGCCUCUACGUGAAGCUGGGCCAGGGGCUGUGCUCCUUCAACCACCUGCUGCCCCCUGAGUACAUCAAGACACUGCGGGUGCUGGAGGACAGGGCUCUCACGCGGGGCUUCCGGGAGGUGGACGAGCUGUUCCUCGAAGACUUCCAGGCCCCGCCCCACAAGCUCUUCCAGGAGUUUGACUACCAGCCCAUCGCGGCGGCGAGCCUGGCCCAGGUGCACCGCGCCAGGCUGCAUGACGGCACCAUGGUGGCCGUGAAGGUACGCGGGGCCCCCGCGGGGUCCCGCGGGGGGCACCCGGGCGCCAGUGGCCAGUCCUCCCUGCAGCCUCCCGUGCAGGUGCAGUACAUCGACCUGCGGGACCGCUUCGACGGCGACAUCCACACCCUGGAGCUCCUGCUGCAGCUCGUUGAGCUCAUGCACCCCAGCUUCGGCUUCAGCUGGGUCCUCCAGGACCUGAAGGGGACCCUGGCCCAGGAGCUGGACUUCGAGAACGAGGGCCGCAAUGCCGAGCGCUGUGCACGGGAGCUGCAGCACUUCCGCUAUGUCGUGGUGCCACGCGUACACUGGGACGUGUCCAGCAAGCGCGUGCUGACGGCGGAAUUCUGUGAGGGCUGCAAGGUCAACGACGUGGAGGCCAUCAAGACCAUGGGGCUGGCGGUGCGGGAUAUAGCAGAGAAACUGAUCAAGGCCUUUGCCGAGCAGAUAUUUUACACAGGCUUCGUCCACUCUGACCCCCACCCUGGCAAUGUUCUGGUGCGGAAAGGCCCCGACGGGAAGGGACAGCUGGUGCUGCUGGACCACGGGCUGUACCAGUUCCUGGAUGAGAAGGAUCGGUCAGCCCUGUGCCAGCUGUGGCGGGCCGUCAUUCUGAGGGACGAGGCUGCCAUGAAGGCGCACGCAGCUGAGCUCGGGGUGCAAGACUACUUCCUGUUCUCCGAGGUGCUCAUGCAGCGGCCUGUGCGCCUGGGCCGGCUGUGGCGCUCACACCUGCUGAGCCGUGAGGAGGCGGCCUACAUGCAGGACAUGGCGCGGGCACACUUCGCGGAGGUCAUGGCGGUGCUCAAGGCCCUGCCGCGGUCCAUGCUCCUGGUGCUGCGCAACCUCAACACCGUGCGCGCCAUCAACACCGCGCUGGGCGCCCCGGUGGACCGCUACUUCCUCAUGGCCAAGAGCGCAGUCCGGGGCUGGAGCCGCCUGGUGGGCGCCACGGGCCACAACGUCUAUGGCGCCAGUGUCCUGCGCCACAUCAGGGUCAUCUGGGAGUCGUUCAAGUUUGAAGUGGCCCUGAGGCUGGAGACCCUGUCGAUGCGGAUCACUGCCCUCCUGGUCCGAGUCCUGGUCCACCUGGGCCUCAUGCCCAAGACCAAGGAGCUGUACGAGUACUUGGAGACCUAGGGAGCCACGGCAGGAGGACCACAGAGCUCACCCCACCGCAGGCUGAGGGCCCGGCUAGGGCUAAGGCACAGACGCCUAAGAAAGACCUGGGGGCACUGGAGUGACUGUGGCCUGGAGUUGGGCCUGCAAUGACCACACGCUCUUCUCAAAUCAAA